AUGUCCACCGCCGCUAAGGGCAAGUCCACCAAGGCCGCUCCCAAGAAGGCCGCCACUCCCGCCAAGGAGACCAAGGCCGCCGCCCCUAAGGCCGCCGCUCCUAAGCCCGCCGCUGCCCCCGCCAAGGCCGUCGCCGCCAAGAAGGAGGCCGCCAAGAAGGCCGCUGCCCCCGCCAAGGCUGCCGCUGCCAAGGCCGCCGUGGCUAAGCCCGCCGCCGUCAAGGCCCAGACCCCCAAGGUCAAGGUCGCCCCCGCCAAGCCUAAGGUGAAGAAGGUGAAGGGUAAGGGCAAGGGUAAGCCCAAGAAGAAGGUGCUCAAGUUCGUGCUCGACCUCUCCGACCCCGUUGAGGAUGGCAUCAUGGACCCCAACUCCUUCGAGAAGUACCUUCACGAUCGCAUCAAGGUGAACGGCAAGGCUGGCCAGCUCGGUAACUCCGUCAAGAUCACCAGGGAGAAGACGAAGCUCACCGUGAGCUCGACCAUCCCCUUCUCCAAGAAGUACGUCAAGUACCUCACGAAGAAGUACCUGAAGAAGCAGCAGCUGCGCGAUUGGCUUCGCGUGGUCUCGCAGAGCAAGAACACCUACAAGCUCAAGUACUUCAACAUUCACGACCAGGACGAGGAUGCUGCCGCCGAGGAGCAGUAA